CAAAACACGGGUGGUCGGUGCACACAGCAGGGACAGUUCAAAACACGGGUGGUCAGUGAACACAGCAGGGGCAGUUCAGAACACGGGUGGUCGGUGCACACAGCAGGAACAGUUCAGAACACGGGUGGUCGAUGCACACAGCAGAAACAGUUCAGGACACGGGGAAGGUCGGUGCGCUCAACAGGGACAGUUAAGGACACGGGUAGUCUGGGCGCACAACAGGGACAGUUCAGGACACAGACGCUCAGGAGGCUUUCAGGGACCCUCACAGCAGCCGCCUCCUCCAGGGGCCUAGCGAUCAGCAGCAAGGGCCCUCACGGCGGCCGGCUCCUCCAGGGGCCCAGCGACCAGCAUGCAGGGGCCCUCCCAGCGGCCAGUUUCUCCAGGGGCCCAGCG